CGUCUCCGACUCUCCUCCGCGCCUCCAACUUAAAAAACUUCCUCGUCUGUCGUCUGUCGCCCCGCUCCCUCCCCUCCGAGAGGAAGAAACAGCACCAGCCAGCGACCGUCUCCAGCUAUACAAGAUUGAUCCGCACGCGCGCCAGGAGGAGAGGGCGCCGAUGAUGAGCGACGGGCGCGUCCACCCGGCGGCGGCCACGAGCUCCGACUUCUCCGGCGAGAUGAACCAUUCCGCCACCUACUCCUCCUCCGACCCUUCCUCCAGCCCCCUCUACAGCUUCCACUUCGAGAAGCCCAUCCCACCGCCUCCCCAAACUCACGCUCCCCUUCAGCAGCAGCAGCCGCCGCACAAGCCGUUGCCCGGCACCUACGUGGUGCAGGUGCCCAAGGACAAGGUCUUCCGAGUCCCGCCGCCGGAGAACGCGCGCCUCUUCCAGCACUACGCCCGCCGCGCCAAGCGCCGCCGCUCCGGAUGCUUCUCCUCCUGCUGCCUCUGCCUCUUCCUGGCCCUCCUCGCGCUCGCCAUCCUCCUCGCCGCUCUCGCCGGCGUCGCCUACCUCGCGCUCCAGCCCCAGAAGCCGUCCUACGCGGUCCGGUCCCUCGCCGUGUCCGGCAUCGGCAACGCCUCCGUCGCGCUCGCGCCGCGGUUCGACGCCACCAUCCGCGCGGAGAACCCCAACGGCAAGAUCGGCGUGCGCUACGACGCCGGGAGCGGCAUGUCCGUGUCGUACGGCGGCGUGAGCCUGGCGGCCGGCGCGUGGCCGGCGUUCUACCAGGCGCCCCGGAGCGCGACGGUGUUCGUGGCCACGGCGAAGGGCGCUGGUAUACGGCUCUCGGAGCGCGCGCAGGGGCAGAUGGCCGCGGCGGAGCGGCUCCGGUCCGUGCCGCUCGACGUGGAGCUGAAAGUUCCCGUGCGGCUCCAGAUCGGCGCGCUGAAGACGUGGGCGAUGCCCGUGACGGUAAGGUGCGCCGUGGCCGUGGACAGACUCGCCGUUGACGCCAAGGUGGUGUCCGCCGGGCCGUGCGACGUGGACGCGAGGUCGCUGUUCUGGAGGAACUGAUCCAAGGGCUCACUGCUGGUUGGUUGAUUGUUUAGGAGAGAGCACGCAAUUCUUGCGGGUAGCAAACGAUUAUUUAAUCGUGCUAUGUCCCUGAUGUUUUUUCUCCCCUCGUUGUUGUUUUGAUCGAGCAAUCUUAGUUCUUUCUGGACAGGAGAUCGAUUUGUUGUUUUUGAUUAUGUUCUGCUGCAAAUUGUGUUGCGGUUAAGGUCUUCACAAGUUGCACCUCUGUUCUUCUGCACAAGAGACUGAAGAACAAUGGUGUUGGUACACUGGUGCCUGUUUUGUUGCUA